CCAAAAACACCAGUUUGACAGAUCUCUCGAUCUUUGGCCACUUUGUGCCAUUUUCUGGUUACGUUUCACGAAAUCUGUGAACUCAAUAAAGCGGUGAAAUAAGUAUAAAACUUAAAAAAUGAGUCGUUUUUUCGCCGGUUCGGACUCAGAUUCCGACAGCUCGACCGAUGACGAGCCAAUUCAGCGCGCGCCAGCGCAAGUUUACACCUUUAGCGAUGAAGAAGAAGAAGUCAAACGCGUUGUGCGUUCAGCUAAGGAGAAACGAUAUGAGGAACUCACUAACAUCAUCAAGCAAAUACGUAACUUCAAGAAGAUUAAAGACAUGAGUAGUAUGUUGACAAGUUUCGAGGAUCUUCAGAAAGCAUAUGUUAAGGCGUUGCCGGUGAUAGCGAAGGAGGAGGCCGGCCAAACUCCGCGCUUUUUCACGAGAUGCUUGGUGGAGAUGGAGGAUUUCAUAAACGAAAUGUGGGAGGAUAGAGAAGGAAGAAAGAAUAUGAGCAAGAAUAAUAGUAAAUCUCUGGCUUCGAUGCGGCAAAAAUUGAGGAAGUAUAUUAAGGACUUUGAAGAGGAUAUUGGCAAGUUUAGAGAGAACCCGGAUCAGCCUGAUGAUGAAGAGGAAGAAGAGAAACAUGAGCCUGAGCCUGACUCUGAGACCGAAGCCCCAUCAAAAUCCGUUACUAAAGCCUCAUCCAAGCAAGUAAUGGAUGACGAAGGAUCAUCUGAGUCUGAUGAUUGGCCAUCUGACAGUGACUCGAGCUCCGAUAGCUCUGAUGAAGACGAAAGCAAGUACCAGAGCAUGAGGGAGCGCUUCUUGAAGAAAACUGGUCCAGCGCACGAAGAUGACGAGGAACGAGAACGGCGUAAAGAAGAACGCAGAAAAGAACGUAAAGAGAAGGAACGCAGGAAAGCGAAGAAAGAAGAUGAAGAAGAUGGCGAAGGCGAAUGGGAGUACGUCAAAGGUGGCAUUGCAAUUCCCAGUGAAAAACCGAAAAUGUUCGCCAAAGACGCUGAGAUUGACCUGAGUCUCGUGAUCAAAAAACUGACCGAAAUAAUGGCCGCUAGAGGCAAAAAACGCACAGAUAGACGCGAGCAAAUUGAGCUUCUCCACGAGUUGCAAAACGUUUCGGAUCAGCAUCAACUAGGACCUGCUAUCUUCGUGAAAAUUAAGUUUGCCAUCAUUUCGGCGAUUUUCGAUUAUAACCCGAAGGUUUCCGACGCGAUGAAGCCGGAAUAUUGGAUGAAAUUGCUGGAUAGGAUGUCUGAAAUGCUUGAUGCGUUGCUUGUUAGCAGUAAUUUAUUGGUUUCUGAGACGGUUACAGAAGAAACGGAAAAUUUGGAAGAACCUCCGUAUAAGAUUAGGGGUUGCGUUUUGACAUCUGUUGAACGUCUGGACGACGAGUUUACCAAGUUGUUGAAGGAGUGUGAUCCUCACAGUAAUGAAUAUGUGGAGAGGUUGAAGGAUGAAGCGAGAGUGUCGGGGAUUAUUGAUAAGACAAUGAAAUAUUUAGAGAGGGCGAAUCUUCCGUCAGAGAUUUGCAGAAUUUACUUGAGGAAAAUCGAGCAUUUGUAUUAUAAAUUUGACCCAAGAGUACUACAGCAGAAAGCGGGUGAGAUUCCCAAGGACGUUUACACCUCAGUCCAAGAAAUGGAAAAACUUUGCAAAUUCAUCUACGCGAAGGACGGCACCGACCGUCUGCGCACACGUGCUAUUCUCUCCCACAUCUACCAUCACGCCCUACACGACAACUGGUUCCAAGCACGUGACCUCGUCCUCAUGUCCCAUCUCCAAGAAACCAUCCACCAUUCCGACCCUAGUACCCAAAUCCUCUACAACCGUACCAUGGCCCAUCUGGGACUUUGCGCUUUCCGGCAUGCCAAUAUCAAAGACGCCCACAACUGCCUCGUUGAUCUGAUGAUGACUGGUAAACCCAAGGAAUUGCUAGCCCAAGGGUUGUUGCCACAACGCCAACACGAAAGAAGCAAGGAACAAGAAAAAAUCGAGAAGCAGAGACAGAUGCCGUUCCAUAUGCACAUCAAUUUAGAACUCCUGGAGUGUGUGUACUUGGUGUCUGCGAUGUUGAUCGAAAUACCGUACAUGGCGGCGCACGAAUUUGACGCUAGACGUCGCAUGAUUUCAAAAACUUUCUACCAGCAGUUGAGAAGCUCCGAAAGGCAGAGUUUGGUGGGGCCUCCAGAGAGCAUGAGAGAACAUGUGGUAGCAGCCGCAAAGGCGAUGCGAAAUGGUAACUGGUCGGCUUGUAAUGGCUACAUUAUAAACGAGAAAAUGAACGCGAAAGUUUGGGAUUUGUUCUAUCAAGCGGAUGCUGUAAGAGCUAUGUUGACUCGACUGAUCAAAGAAGAGUCUCUAAGGACUUACCUCUUCACGUAUUCGCACGUAUAUGACUCGAUUUCCAUGGCUACGUUGGCGCAGAUGUUCGAAUUGGAUAAACCAGUGGUACAUUCCAUUAUCUCCAAAAUGAUUAUUAACGAGGAGUUGAUGGCUUCACUUGAUGAUCCUACUCAAACUGUCGUGAUGCAUCGCAGUGAGCCGUCGCGUCUGCAGUCACUGGCGUUGCAGUUGGCGGACAAAAUUAACAAUUUUGUGGAUUCUAAUGAAAGGAUUUUGGAAACGAAACAAGGCAAUUUCUUCUCAAGGGGAAUGAAUCAGGGGAAUUUCAGAGGGGAUAGACAGAAUUAUAGAGGUACUAAUCAAGAUUGGAAUCGUCAACGCAGAGAUCACAGGAAAGAGUAUUAAGUGUUUCAAUUUCUUUUUUUUAUUCAUUGUGUAAUGUAAUGGAGUCAAUAAAUAAAGGUCUAAGAUCA